UCAUUUUCCCACUUUCUGCCUUUCCCAACAAUCAUUCAUUCAUUCUCUCAACACUAUAAUUCAGGUUGAAUUCAAUAUCUAUAUAUAUGUAUAUAUGUAUGUAUGUAUGUGUUAUCAGUUAAUCUGUUGAACGCCGACAUUUUGGUUAUUCAAUUGCUUAUCCGAUUCCUCGGUGUUCCUUACUUUCUAUCAUUCAAUUCAAUUUCGAAAUUCUCAGUUGUUUAUGUAAUCUAGAUUUGUGUGUGUGUGUGUGCGUGCGUGUGUGUGUGUGUAUAGAGAUAGAGAGAGUUAAAUGGCGCAAUUGCCUCCGAAAAUCCCAAACAUGACACAGAAUUGGCCAGAGCAGAAACUGGGAUCCAUGGCGGCCACCAAUUCCCAAAACCUUUCUUGGGUGGACGAGUUUCUUGACUUCUCCGCCGCGAGGCGUGGGACUCAUCGGCGGUCGAUCAGCGACUCCAUCGCCUUCCUGGAACUCGACCAAUGUCCCUCAUCUCAAAAUCACAACCACAAUCCAGAUCAAUCCAAUGGCGGCUUUGAUGACGAACACUUCAUGUCCAUGUUCAGCGAUGAUCGUCUUCCCAAUGCCGUUGCUCCUAUACUUUCCUCCUCCAAUCCUUCUACACCGUCCGAUCACAACAGCAUCAACGAUGAUAAAGACGCGCCCUCAUCUGAUCACCCCCCCAAACACCACAACCAAUUUAAGAACGAAGCCGAAGAGGUCCAGAGCCAAUGCACCACCGCCACUGACCCGAACCCGUCGAUUAACGCUCCUGCGAAUGUUUCAUCCGAUCGCAUUGUCGAUCCUAAACGAGUCAAGAGAAUCUUAGCGAACCGACAAUCGGCGCAGAGAUCACGAGUGAGGAAAUUACAAUACAUAUCGGAACUGGAACGUAGCGUUACUUCAUUACAAGCGGAAGUGUCGGUGUUAUCGCCGAGAGUUGCUUUUCUGGAUCAUCAGCGGUUGCUUCUCAAUGUUGACAACAGUGCUCUGAAGCAAAGAAUCGCAGCUUUGGCUCAAGAUAAGAUUUUCAAGGAUGCUCAUCAAGAAGCACUGAAGAGAGAGAUAGAGAGACUGAGGCAAGUGUAUCAGCAAAGGAAGCUGAAUAAAAUGGAAAGCAACAGUGGCGCACCACCACCGGCUGAUCAUCACGUAAAGCCUUCUACAGAGAAAGAACAGCAGCAGCAGCAGCUUCUCAAUGUCUGAUCAAAAUAUUAUAUAAUCCCUGCCUCCUGCAAAACCCAUUGAUAAAAUCUCUUUGUCCCAUCAAUCCAUAACUUCAUUCAUUCUAUUUCUCCUUUAUCAAUGAAUUCCAUUAAUAUAUGUGUGUUCUUUUCUGAUCAUCUUCUUCAGUUUGGGACUAAUUUACUGUCCAGUGUUGAAGAAUUCUGAUAUUGGGUUAGUUAGGGUAUUAAUAUUUGUGGGAUUACACAAAAAGAAAAAGUAAGAAGAGAGGAGAUCUGCAAAUUGGGAAGGAGUUGGGUUGCAAUGGUGAUGAUCACGUGAUGAUGUGUUUUGAAGGGACCACAAGUCCCAGAUUUACAUGAUUGGUUUUGCAGGAAGAAAAAACACAUGCAACUGUGGUUCCAUUCAUUCUUCCCAAUAAACAACCAAAUAAUCAUAAUGUACAUACAUACAUACAUACAUACAUACAUACAUAUAGAUACGUACAUAAACAUUUGGGUAUGUCUAUUAUGCUUGAAGUAUAUUACCAGAGUGGUGAGGAUAUUAUCAUCUUUUCAUUUUUUUUAUUAUAUUAUACAGUUAAAUCUUCUAUCCUUUUCAUGGUAACUUGUUCUGGGGAUAUACAUAUACGUGUAUGUUUGAAGCCAAAGGAUGAUUAUUUUGUGGUGGAAUGUAUGAAAGUAAGAGUUGUUGUCA